AUGAAGGUGCUCGUUCUUGGUGCCAGUGGAUAUAUCGGCUCUAGUGUUGCUGGAUCAUUGGUACGUGCUGGUCACCAAGUUAUUGGACAAACUCGAGAUGCUGGUAAAUGGGGUAAAUUAUUUGAGCGGAAUGAAUUAGAAGUAUUGGAAUGUGACCCUGUUUCUGAUGAUAAAUGGUUAAAAGACCUACAAUCAAUUGAUGUUGUAGUUGAUUGUCUUGGAGGUGCUUCACUCAGUGAAUUGAGUAUUAAAUUUAUCAAAAAAGCUGAAAAUGCCGAGCGGGAUGCCACAGCUGCAAAAUUGGCAUACGUAUGGACUUCUGGUGUUUGGUUACAUGGUGAUAAUCGCUUUGAGUUUGUGACAGAUGGCUCUGAAGCAACUCAUCCGCCUAAGAAAGUUGCAUGGCGACCAGAAGUGGAAAACUACCUAGUUGCGAGUAAAUUAGUUGACGGAGUGGUUAUUCGUCCUGGACUAGUUUAUGGAAGGCAGUCAAACGUUGUUGGUAUCCUUUUCAGUCAGAUAGCCGCUAGCGGAAAAAUUGAAUGGCCAGGGAUUCCCGGUGGUCGAUAUGCCACAGUGCAUGUUGAUGAUUUAGGCGAGUUAUAUCGUCUUGCUGUUGAGAAAUACCCUUUGGUGAAGGGGCUCAAAAUCGAGGGAAGCAACACUACUACCGAAAGCGUUGAUACGCUAUUAUCACAUCUAGUGGCUCUUACAGGUGUUCUAUCGUAUUCUUACAAAGAACCCAAAUCCAAUUUCGAAGUCGCUUUAGCGGCAACAAGCAUUGUUAGAGGAACAUUUGCUCGCUCCAUUCUUGGGUGGCAUCCUAGCAAGCCGUCGCUAAUUGACGGUUUACCCAUCUAUUACAAGGCGUUUCUUGCGGGUUAUAUCGAAUAA